GUCCUUAGGUGGGUCCGUGCUAUCGUUAUCAGACCAGCAGAGGAAAGCUUGUCCCGGACCGAGUCGCACCCAGGCCCCUCCUUCUGUGGCCGGUGCAGCGCACAAAAUUUUGUUUGACCGCCCAGGAUCGUGCAAUUUUCUGCCAUGAAUAAGUUCACCAGCGACCCUCAAACUCCAGAAGACGAAAUCUCCUCCCCGUUGCUAAGGAAGGCGAUGCUCUUCCCAAUUCGACUGCCAUGACGAAGAGGAAGGCCCAAGAGGCCGCUGUCGCACCCGGCCCUAAAAGGUCUAAGGCAGAGAAUCUAGAAGACAUUGCUCCCAGCGACGACGACUACGACGAUACCGCCAGCAACUCUGGCUCGACUGCGAAUGCAGAGGUAGAGUCCGUCCAGACUGGCCAGACCUCCCUCACCACCCGCUCCCGCAAAUUUCCCUCCGACCUCAAAACGAUUCCCUGCACCUAUCCGGACUGCAACAAGACCUUCAACCGGCCGGCUCGCCUGGCCGCUCACCUCCGCUCUCAUACGGACGACCGGCCCUUCAAGUGUACCUACCCCGGCUGCGAUAAGGACUACCGCGAAGAGAAGCACCUCCGCCAGCACGUCAAGGGUUCCCACACCCAGGAGCGGGCCUACACCUGCACCCACGAGGGCUGCGGCAAAUCAUUCCUCACGGCGACCCGCCUGCGCCGCCAUCAGGACGUCCACGCCGGCCAGGAGCGCUUCCGCUGCCGCGAUUUCCCUCCCUGCAACCAGAGUUUCCGCAAGCACAACACCCUUCAGCGACACAUCCGAUCCGAACACCUCGGUGCCCACGCCUACCCGUGCACGGUGCCCGGCUGCGGCGCAGGCUUCGACUCCCAGGGUGCGCUACGGAACCACACGCGCCGCGAGCACAGCGAGCCGCAGUUCUGGUGCGAGGAGUGCGGCAAUGAAGACGAAAACGCCAGGGUCGGGUUCACGACCCUCGCGCUGCUGCAAGCGCACAUCCGCAAGGAGCACCUCAACUGCAUAUUUUGUGAGUUCAAGUGCACAGGGCGAUGGGAGCUGGAGCGGCAUGUCGAGAUGCACCACUCUGGCAUCCCUGUUGACGCGCGCAAGACGAUUCCCUGCACAUGGGAGGGUUGUGAAAAGAAGUUCACCAAGAAACACAACCUCACGGUGCACAUCCGCACGGCGCAUGAGGGUUUCCGCUUCGUCUGCGGUGAGGUCGACGUCAGGGGCUCCCCCGACCUCGAGAGCUGGUCGAACGAGCAGGGCUGCGGCGGAGGCUUCGUCACCAAAGCAAACCUCGAGGACCACAUCCGCUACGUCCACCUGGGCUUGGAGCGCCCCGUGCCCAACCAGAAAGCCCCUAACAUCAUCGACGAUAUCGCCGGCACGAAGCGGACCAUCCUAUGCACCAUGCCAGGCUGUACGGCACGCUUCAUCCGUCACCACGAUCUCCAGGUCCAUCUCGAGCAGCACCCACCGCCCUCCCCGACCGCUCCGCGCAUGGACCAGAUCGAGGCCGCCAUCCUCAGCCUGGCGGACGACCCUAAUGCCAACAGCGCACCGUUCGAUGGUGAUCGCGAGAUGCCGGAGCUGCCGCUGUACGGCAUCAUCCCCGGCGUGACGGACUUCGCGGGCGUCGGCGGUGGCGGCGGCGACGUUUCCGGUCCGAGCGACGACUUCUGGAUUGGCGCGGCCGACGAGUUCGGCACGCCGCCGCAGACGUGGCAAGAGGAGGAGGCGGCCAUGCGCGCGCUCAUCGACGAGAACUUUUCGCAGUUUGUCGACCCGGCACUCGGAACCACGGCCUAAACGGCGACGGUGGACGGAGCCGGACCGUCGCAGAAACCGAAACAGUCCGCGCGAUGCUUUUCUUUUUCUAAUUUACUUUACGGCAGCAAUGAUACCCGGCCACACGGAAGGCCACGACACGCACAAGAACUUGCUAGAUAAAAAUAAGGGGGUCACCAAAAGUUGUUGCUUUGAUCAGUCAAAAUGUAUAUAUACACUAUCUGUGGGAGCUACAAAAAAGUCGU